AUGCCCUGUCCUGCGACCCUUCUCCCUUCCCCACCGCCACCACCUACCUACACCGCCCUGCACUCCCAGUCUGCGCACAGCCAAACCUCCUUUGCUGUUUUCCCCCUUCGUUUUCACCGUUGCCUUGCUGUUGCUGUUGCUGGCUGCGCGGCAGGCGAGGUGCUGCAGGAGUUGCAAACGUCGUGGAACAAUGCCAUCCCAGGCUGGCAGGCGGGGAGCGACUGCACACAAGCGCAAGGCCUCACAUGCGACUCAGACGGCAUGAUCACCUCCAUGCGAUUCGAUCAACUUCCAUUAUGGGCUUCGAUCCCAACCAGUAUCACGCGCCUAACCAGCCUCACAGAGCUGAGAUUUCAGAACGAUUUACCUGACCCGAAAUCACUGAACAGCAUGACGCAGCUCAAGGCCCUGUCAGUGGACUGUAAUCCCAACGAGAAUGCUUUCAGCCUGCCCAACCUCGUUCAGCUAACUAGACUGCGAUUGGAGAACUGUGGCUUUGGAACCAGCACGGACGGUUUGUCGCCGCUGCUCAAGUUGUCCGCACUUGUGAACCUGGAGCUGCCUUCUAACCAGAUAUCAGAACUCGUAACUCUUGAUGGCAUCGACUACCCCAACCUGCAGAAUCUGAAUCUGAGCUCAAACCCACUGAAGAUCGACAGCGUCGCGGGGUUUACCACGCUCAGGAGCCUUACAACCCUGGAUCUGUCAGGGACGCAGCUCUUUGGUGGUCACUUCCUGAAGGAUCUCCCACUGCCAGCCUUGAAAUUCCUGAAUCUUUCCAACAACGGACUGACUGGCAGUUUGCCAGAGUCUCUCACCACCAUGACUAACCUGGUCAGCCUAAGCGUUGCUUCCAACUAUAUGGAAGGAACCAUCCCCCCAGCCCUAGGAAAGCUGGACAAGCUGUCAACUCUCUACACCAACGGCACGAGUCUCAAGUGCCCUGACAUUUACACCAGCUGCGGUGUGCCUCAGGAUACAUCCUCUGGCUUCUGCCGUGCCUGCCCUGACUUCUGUGACACAUGUGACAAGCGCAAGCCGCUUCCUUGGUGGGCUAUCGUGGCAAUCGUGGCUGGUGUUGUUCUCAUUGCGGUGCUCGCUGUAGUGCUCUACCUCUACUUCUCUAACAAACCGCUGCUGAGCAGCAAGGCGGCAGCGCAGGUGUGUCAGGAAUAUCCACUGCAGGCGGUGAUGAAAGCGACCAACGGGUGGUCUGAAGCCAACCUGCUGGGCACGGGGGGCUUUGGUGAUGUGUACCGCGGCGUCUCUCCCACCGAUGGUGCCACUCAGUGGGCCGUGAAGCGAGCCAAGGUCGUCACCACCGACUUUGACACCGAGGUGUGUGCGAUGGCCACAAAAGACCAUCCCAACCUCGUGAAGCUGCUGGGCUUCGCCAUUGGGAUCACCGACAAGACAAGGGUCGAGCAAAUCCUCAUCUACGAGCUCAUGCCCAACGGGGACCUCUCGAACUGGAUUGGAAAAGAGGCAGUGUCCCCGCUGAGCUUUGAGCGGCGGGUGAGCGUGCUGAUGGGGGCGGCUCGCGGCUUUGAGUAUCUCCACAGCUUCGGCAUCGUUCACCGCGACAUCAAGCCUGCCAACAUCCUCCUCGACGGGAACAUGCAGGCUAAGAUCUCAGACUUUGGGCUUGUGAGGAAGGGAGAGGGAACAACACUGCAGAGCACGCGAGUGGUGGGAACACCGGGCUAUGUGGAUCCCUCUUAUGCUGCAACCAAUAAGGCCACCACCGCCACUGAUGUCUACAGCUUUGGCAUUCUCAUUCUUGAGCUCAUGACGGGCCGCCAUGUCGCCACCAAUUCUCUCGUUGUUCCCUCCGAUGAAGAGGCGGGUCAGCAGCUGCACAUCCUUCCCUGGGUCCAGCAGCAGCUGGCACAAUCCGGCAGCAACAAGGGGGCGGUGGCUGGCCUCAAGGAUGCGCGCAUGGAGGCGCGGGAUGAGUUAGUGUUGAGGGUGGUGCAGCUGGCACUGCGAUGCACCGACAAGCAAAGCGCCACGCGGCCGGUCAUGGGGGUGAUUGCAGCCGAGCUGGAGGACGUGCUGGUGGAGCUGGGCGGCGCACACGGAAAUGCUGGUCCCCGUCAGGUGGAUCGAGAGUUGGAGGUGCAGAAAAAGUCUGUUACGACUUUGGAUACGGAGAUUGAUCGUCUUAAUGACCUGUUGUGCUUUGAUGGCGUGGAAAUGCCAUGA